GGCGGCUUUCACAAGCCCGCGGCGGCCGGGCCGAGCGCUUAGCGGGGCCGAGACUGCGCCAUGCAGGAAGCGCCAGCCGCGCUGCCCACGGAGCCGGGCCCCAGCCCCGUGCCUGCCUUCCUCGGAAAGCUGUGGGCGCUGGUGGGAGACCCGGGCACCGACCACCUGAUCCGCUGGAGCCCGAGUGGGACCAGUUUCCUCGUAAGCGACCAGAGCCGCUUCGCAAAGGAAGUGCUGCCCCAGUACUUCAAGCACAGCAACAUGGCGAGCUUCGUGCGGCAACUCAACAUGUACGGUUUUCGGAAGGUGGUGAGCAUCGAGCAGGGCGGCCUGCUCAGGCCGGAGCGCGACCAUGUCGAGUUCCAGCACCCGAGCUUCGUGCGCGGCCGCGAGCAACUACUGGAACGCGUGCGGCGCAAGGUGCCUGCGCUGCGCGGCGACGACGGCCGCUGGCGCCCCGAGGACCUGGGCCGGCUGCUGGGCGAGGUGCAGGCUUUGCGGGGAGUGCAGGAGAGCACCGAGGCGCGGCUGCGGGAGCUCAGGCAGCAGAACGAGAUCUUAUGGAGGGAGGUGAUGACGCUGCGGCAGAGCCACGGUCAGCAACACCGAGUCAUUGGCAAGCUGAUCCAGUGCCUCUUUGGGCCACUUCAGGCAGGGUCCAGCAGCGCAGGAGCUAAGAGAAAGCUGUCCCUGAUGCUGGAUGAGGGGAGCUCAUGCCCAACACCGGCCAAAUUCAACACCUGCCCCCUACCUGGUGCCCUCCUGCAGGACCCCUGCUUUAUCCAGUCGCCCCUCCCAGAGACCACCUUGGGCCUCAGCAGCCCUCAUAGGGCCAGGGGCCCCAUCAUCUCUGACAUCCCAGAAGACUCUCCAUCUCCUGAAGGGACCAGGCUUUCUCCCUCCAGUGAUGGCAGGAGGGAGAAGGGCCUGGCACUGCUCAAAGAAGAGCCGGCCAGCCCAGGGGGGGAAGGCGAGGCCGGGCUGGCCCUGGCCCCAAACGAGUGUGACUUCUGCGUGACAGCCCCCCCACCGCUGCCUGUGGCUGUGGUGCAGGCCAUCCUGGAAGGGAAAGGGAGCUUCAGCCCUGAGGGGCCCAGGAAUGCCCAACAGCCUGAACCAAGGGGUCCCAGGGAGGUACCUGACAGGGGGCCUCUGAGCCUGGAGAGGGGGGGCCGGAGCCCAGACAGUCUGCUGCCUCCAAUGCUGCUUCGGGCCCCCCCUGAAACUGUGGAGCCUGCAGGGCCCCUGGAUGUGCUGGGCCUCAGCCUCCAAGGGCGGGAAUGGACCCUGAUGGACUUGGACAUGGAGCUGUCCCUGAUGCAGCCCUUGGUUCCCGAGAAGGGUGAGACUGAGCUGGCGGUCAAGGGCUUAAAUUCUCCAGGCCCAGGGAAGGACUCCACGCUUGGGGCGCCACUCCUGCUGGACGUCCAAACGGCUUUGGGAGGCCCAGCCCUCGGCCUGCCUGGAGCUUUAACAAUUUACAGCACCCCUGAGAGCCGUGCUUCCUACCUGGGCCCCGGGGCCAAUCCCUCCACGUGAAUCCCGCUCCACUCGGAAGCCAGCCUGGCUGAAGGGCUGGCCUGCGGCAGCACGCCCUUCUCAGCUUCCUGGCGCCCCCUGGCGGAGGCUGAGUGAAGCCCCUCCUACUCAGCGGCCCCUCUCCGUUACCGAGCCCCGCACAUAAACCGCAUUUUUUUCUCUGUUA